AUGGUUAGAAAGAGUAAGGGUCGCCAAAAGUUGGAGAUGGUUAAAAUACCAAAUGAGAGCAAUUUAAUGGUAACCUUCUCCAAGCGUAGGUCUGGCCUUUUCAAGAAGGCUAGUGAACUCUGUACUCUUUGUGGUGCUGAAGUCAGCAUCAUUGUGUUCUCGCCUGGCAAGAAGGUUUUCUCUUUUGGCCACCCUUCUGUUGAAAAGGUCAUGGAACGUUAUCUCUCAGGAAAUAUUCCCCAAACUUCAGGUGCUUUUCAUCUUAUUGAGGCUCAUCGCAAUGCUAGGGUCCACGAACUCAACAUGCAGCUAACUCAGGUGGCCAACCAAUUGGAAGUGGAGAAGAAAAGAGGGGAAGAGCUAGACAGAAUGCGGAAAGCUAGUCAGAGUCGGAACUGGUGGGAGAAGCCUCUUCAGGAACUUGACUUGGCACAGCUUCAACAAUUGAGGGCGGCUUUACAGGAUCUCAAGCAGGAUGUGACCAGGCACGCCAAACAGAUUCUGAUUCAAAAUUCAGCUCCUCAGCCUUUUAUUGCAGCAAACCCCAGCACUAGUGGGAAUCAUCUUUUCGAUACCAGGAAUACUGGAUUCAUCUCAAACAUGACUGUGCCUCCUUUCAACACCAACAUGAGUGGGAAUCCUUUCAACACAAACAUGACUGCUAGUCCAUUCAAUGCAAGCUCAGCAAUGCCUCCUUUUGGAUACAGUCUUGGAUAUGGGACUAGUUUCUUCUAGUACGUUAAUAAUUCCUUUGAAAUAGAAUGUCUUAACCAUAACACAGUUCAUUUAUGUUUUGAAUCUGUCAAUACUUUCAGGUUGGAAUUGAGUAUUGUGGAUCAAGAUAUUCAAAUGAA